UUUGCAUCGCAUGUGAUCCGCUGCUGGUGACCAAUCCUCCACUGCGAUAGUAUCUCUGGACACAGUCAACACUUGACUUCACCUCCGACCGUGUUUCAUCUCUUGCGUCUACCUCAACACGACACGGUUUUUUAGAAGAAGCCAGCUCUAACUUAUACUUAUAUAAUUGUUGGUUUAAAGACGACUUAAGCUACCCUCUUGGGAAAAUGUCAGAUUUCGACAGCAACCCGUUCGCGGACCCGGAGAUCGGCAGCCCAUUUCAGGAUCCAUCAGUGACACAAGUACGACAGGCUGUUCCUCCAGGGUUGGAGGAGUAUAAUCCCUUCACAGAUGCCAAACCAACGCCUGGGGGUAUGGCGCCCAAGACAACGGCACCCACAAUCAACACACAACCUGCCAUCAUGAAACCCACAGAGGAGCCUCCGGCCUACUCGCAGCCUCAGGAGCAGUCCGGAGCUGCUGCUGAGCUGCUGAGGAGACAGGAGGAGCUGGAAAGGAAGGCUGCAGAGCUUGACCGCCGGGAGAGAGAGAUGCAGUCACUCAGUGCUUCAGGAGGCAGGAAAAACAACUGGCCUCCCCUCCCAGAGAAGUUCCCUGUGGGUCCCUGUUUCUACCACGACAUCACAGUGGACAUCCCUGUCGAGUUUCAGAAGACGGUUAAGAUUAUGUACUACCUCUGGAUGUUUCACACUGGGACACUGCUGGCUAACAUGGUGGGCUGCCUGGCCUGGUUCUGUGUGGAUACAUCACGUGGGGUGGACUUUGGCUUGUCUAUCCUCUGGUUCAUGCUCUUCACACCGUGUUCCUUCGUCUGCUGGUACAGACAACUUUAUGGAGCAUUCAGGAGUGACAGCUCGUUCAGGUUUUUUGCUUUCUUCUUUGUGUACAUCUGUCAGUUUGGCAUCUACGUUAUCCAGUGUAUCGGCAUCACUGGUUGGGGCGCCAGCGGGUGGAUCUCAGCUUUGACCGGCCUGAAUCGCAGCAUCCCGGUGGGGAUUAUAAUGAUCCUCAUCGCUGCUCUCUUUACCUCACUGGCUGUCAUGUCCCUCGUCAUGUUCAAAAAGGUCCAUGCCAUGUACCGUACCACCGGUGCCAGCUUUGAGAAGGCUCAGCAGGAGUUUGCCACAGGCGUCAUGUCCAACAAGACGGUCCAGACGGCCGCUGCUAAUGCUGCCUCCAGGGCUGCACAAGGAAACUUCAAGGAGCAGAUCUGAUUGACCCAGAGAGCUUGCUCAUCUCUCCGUCCAACCCAUACCAGCCCCCCUCUUCCUCCUCUGCUCACACCCAGCUUCCACUUGAGCCAAUUGCCCUGUUUGAACACAUGGAGAGUCCCCCCGCAGCCUUCUGACAAUAUCAAAGUGGUUCGUGUGAGGGCACCCAUCCAGUCACCCAUGAUCUGUAAUCUCAGUACAACCACUGGAAACAGGAUUCAAACAGGGCCACAGCUCUCAUCACAGACUCUGGGCCCCCCUCACCUACGCUGCACUCCUACCACUCAACCAGCGUGCUCAACUUUAUUUUCCUCUGUGUGAGUUUGUGUCUGUGUGUGGCCAACUAAAUGAAUGUUUGUGUGCCUCUUUAAAUGUUGGGUCUGUCCUCUGUAGGCAGAUUCAAAUGUAGCUGAACUAAGUCUGACUUUUUAACGUUUCCUGGGCAUUUUCCACUACGUGUUCUCCCUAGCAUCGCUGACUUCCUGUGUGUCUAUCACUACUUCUCGUUUUUGAAUUAAUUUAUUAUUGGUCAAAUGGAAGUCAUGUAGUACUCACUCACUGUUGGUUAAUGCACACGCAGCAGCAUUCUCUGAUUAGUUUUGCUGUUUUCCAUGAGUACAUAACUUAACACUGCUGCCCCCUGGUGGAGUGAUCAUGUAUUGUUGAAGAUGAAUGCUGUGCAUUCCCAUUCACUGCCUUUGCCUUCUUCUACUUUCUGCUUUCCUCUUGAAUUUGGUUUUUAGAAAGUGUGUAGUCUUACUUAAAAUGAUACGUCACCCAAAAUCCUCUUUGGUAAGUAUCAAACACUCCCCCUGUAGACUGUAGGGCUACUGAUGAUUUUCAAUAUCCAAUAAUCUGCUAAAGACAUAUAUUCAAAUUAAAUUAAUCCUUUUUCAAUCAGCAAUAGAAAAACCCCUUCCAUCAAUUGUGGUGAUCGCCUGACUUUUCCUCUAGCGCCACCAUAAGGUUUAUGUUUGUAGUUCUGGUGUAAUAUCUCAACAGAUUCUCAAUGGAUUGCAGUGACUUUUAAUUCAUAUAAUCAUGUCCCACUUAUGAUUCAUUGUAAUCAGUUUGAUCCCUUAAAUUUUCAUCAUCAUCAUCUCUAAAUACCAAAUCAUUCAAUAUGUUGGUUUAUGACCAAAUACCUACAAAACUAAUGACAUUCCCAUCAGCCUUUGCUGCUAAGUGCUCAGCAAUAGCAUGUUGGCAUUGUUGUUGUGAGCAUAAUAUGUUGACGUUGUAGAGCUAGUAUGGAUGUAGUGUCCUAGUCAUGUUGCUUGGAAAUAGGGUUGGGUAUCAUUUAAAUAUUGCUAUGAGUACCAAUACCAGUACCCUUAAAGUGAUACCAGUACAGUACUUCAUUUGAUAAUUUUUUUUCCCACUAUAUUCAGUGCCUGUCAUAUGAAAGGAAGUAUUUAGCUGCAUAAAAUGGCACCAUCCUUCUGCACAUUAUGGUGGCAUCUGGGCACGCUGAACUGCCAACUCCAUCAAAUACACGGUGCUUACAUUCACCGUACAUACGCAGACUGUACAGGUUAUAGUUGUGGCGUUAGAGGGCCAGUUGAAGAACGCUUGCGGUGAUUGGCUGCAAGCAAAACAGUACAAAUAGUCAUGUUUUUUCUAGACUUGGGAACAAAAAGGAUCAAAUACAGGUAUUGUUUGACUGGAGAGGUUGAGAAGUACUUGGUACUGGGUUAUUUCAGUGAUACCCUGGCGGUAUCGAUUACCGAUACCCAGCACUACUUGGUAAAUGAAUAAUUAAUCAAUCAAUUGACUAAUAGAUUAAUUGUUUAAGAUCCAGUACUAAAGCCUGUAGACUUGACAGCACAGUGGCGGUAGAGAUACAAGAGACAAAGGAGAAGUAAUAUUACUCUGCAAAGUGGUAUGAGAUGUGAUUUUUUUUUUUUAACCAAUUGUGAACAUUUUACUGUUUGAAUCUGUUUUAACGAACUAAAUUCAACUACAAAACUACAGCCUUUUAACAACUACCUGUGUCACCUACAAGCACUGUUUGAUACUCGAAAGAUUUUGGGUGAACUGUCACUUUAAAGUUUGCUUUCAAGUAUUUAUCUGCUUGAAAUCUUUUGCCUAUAAUGUUCUACAUAUCCAUGGUGAAAUUACUCCAAGUUGCACUUUAAAUCUCAGAUUCUUUGUCUGCACACUGUAAUCUGUGCUAAUGGAAGGAUAUUUCUAAUAACGGCCUCUCGCCUUCCUGCUCAUUAGUGUCAGUACAUAGUUUAACAUAUGUUCCACGCACCAGCUGAGUUCAGCAUAGUUUUCACACAAAGCCUACCUUUUUAAUGUCAUCUCAGAAAGAAAUUAAUUCACGGCACUGUUAACAUACGGGAAGAGAUCCACUACUCUGUAUAUACAGCUGCAUGUUUAUACAGUUUGUUUUUUUGAAGAGGAAAGUGUAACUUGUCUCCAGCUUUUUCCUGUCUUACAGGAGACUUACCUCAGUUUUACUCAGGAUGUACUCUUCACUUGCAUGACGAGGUUAAAAAAAAAAAGAGAUUGUAUUAAAUUAGACUCUAACUGGCUCCUGUUUUUAAAAUAGAUGUGCUGUAAAUCAAUAUAUUGCAAUAAAAAUGACUUUAAAAAGAUGAUUUAAAAAAAUGGGCCAGUAAUGUUGAUGUAAUGCUCUGAUAACUGCUUGCAUAUUCAUAAUUAGCCAACUGGAUUGACGAUCACUGAACUCCAGCAAUCAAAUCAGAAGAUUCAUUCUUGUUAGGUCUCUUUAAUUUCAGUAUGUGGUCAUUAAAAAUUUCAAAUGCAUUUUACAUGCUGAGAUGUCCUUGAAUGUGUCUUUUUCUUCAUACUUUGUGUUACUGCAGCAGGAGCUGCGAUGCGGUUUCCACAGUUUGAAUGUGUCUGAUCUCUUUUGUCUGAUGUGUCUCAUGUUUAAGCCAGUUAGGCCUUUGUAUGUAUUUGAUGUGUAGGAGUGUAAAUAGAGGGGAUCAGCCUUUAAGUCUUAAAUCUGUGUGCAGGGCAGAGUCUGGCUGUGGGUCUGGGAUCCUUCUUGACUUUCGGGAGACUUUCUUUUUUUUUCUCUUCUUCUUUUUUUUUCUUUUUAAGCUUCCUGCAACAUGCCUUGUUUUGCUUUUUGUCCACUUCUUUUUUUUCCCACACUGGCUUAAUAUGAACCAGUGCAUGCGUAUUCCUGAGUACAUUUAUGUACAAAGCAUCAUGAGAUUAUUCCUUUAAAAAGAAUCAAACUGAGUGGCACUUACAGUAUUUUGCUGUUUCUUUUUGAUUUGCUAAAUGUGAGAAAGGCGUUAGAUCGCAAUGCAAUGUGAACUGUGUGACGUACUGUAGAUGGGCUGUGGCUUUAAGCUGUGCUUUAUAAUCAACAUGGUUUGUGGUAGAAACACUGACAAUGAAAUUAAUUCAUUAGCAUCUCUAACAAUAAAUCCUAAUUAAAUUAUUGUAAAGACAUAGUAAGGGAUGUUUGUAUAUUUUGUACGAUUUACAGAUGGUUGGCUAUUUGCUCUAAAUUUGUGUAAUGCUAAGAUGCACUCUGGUUUGACCUUCAGUCGCAUGUUGAGUAGUUUUGAGUUUUGUAUAUUUAUUGUAUUAACACUGAAUAAAAUUCUUCUUCUAUAUGUGUGUUUCA